AUGACGGAGCUUGAACACACGCUGCCCGCGUCGCCGCAGGCUCACGACCAGAUUCCUGCGAACACGCACGGGGACCUGGGGAGAUCCUCCGCCAGAGCUCCCCACGGCGGCAGCGCCAGGAACAAGAUCCAAACCAGCAGCGUCGCUUCCGCCAGAAUGGACCCCCUGGGCAGACUGCCGUCGCCCCAGCCGGAGUUCCUGGAGCCGCGCGUCGACGCUGUGCGCUCGGCCGUGCGAGCAGAGCUGCAGGACUGCCUCAGCGGGCCCAUGCGAGAGGUAGUGCGGGUGGAAGUUGCUGCAGUCCUGCAGGGUUGGUUCGGCUGUUCUGGUGAGCAGGCGGCCCUCCGACCGGCGUUUUCCGGUAGGGAGGGCGAGCGCGCGAAUGACGACAAGGGCGUGACUCCAGCAGAUCCAGGCAAUGACGCUCAGGUGCCUCGAUACAACUGCGACGAUUCGAAUAUUCGGAUGGUCGAGGCCCUGCACAAGGUGCAAGGCGAAGAUGGUGACAGUCUCUGCGACGGAGACGAAGACGAAGACGACCAAGAUGGAGACAACCAAGACGAUCUACAAGUAACAGUGAACCAGCAGUCGAAAUCGGUGUCGCUGAAAUUGCGCCGCUUGAUGUGGUUUCUGCUGAAGGGCAUGGAGGAGGAGCCGCAGCGAUCGGGGCGGCUCGCCCGUUUCGUGGAUGGCAUGGGCUUCAAGCUGUUCAUCGGCGCCGUGAUCUUCGUCAACAUCUGGUUCAUGGUCUUCGAGGCGAACAUUCGGAUCAGAACCCCGUCCGACCGGAGCCUGCGGGCCGCCGAGUGGGUGUUCUUCGUCAUCUAUUGUCUCGAGCUGGCCCUCAAGAUCACCGUGCACAGACUCUUCUUCUUCUGCAGAGCCGACUGGAAGACCAACGUACUCGACAUGCUCGUGUGCCUCUCUGAUGCGGCCACCCUGGUGCUGGACGCCACGCUCCGGCUGAGCUUGAUGAGGGUCUUGCGCUUUCUCCAGUUCGCAAAUGUGAUCCGGGCGUUCGAGAUCAUGUACAGGUUGAAAUAUCUGCAAGUGUUCCUUGUUUGCAUUCAUGGUUCACUCGGGAGCUUCCUGUGGAGUGUGAUUAUGCUUUUCUCUAUCUACGGGAUAUUCUCGCUUUUCUUCAUGUCGGUCAUCACCACACACAUCGACGCAACAGGGGAAGCUAUCGAUGAUACCGCAUUUGGCCCGCUGUUCGGUUCGGUCGGACUUUCAAUCAAGACGCUUUUUAUGGUAACAACGGGUGGCGAUGACUGGAAUGGUACGUACCGUGUGAUAGAGCGAGCAGGUCCGAUUGCGAGUUGUGUGUUCUUAGUAUUCAUUGCGUUUGUGCAGUUGAACCUACUGAAUAUCCGAGACGACAGUCCCUCUGCGACGCACAGCUGUAUGAGCCGUGGGGCACACCAUUGCCACACGUGCAGGUUACCUAGAAGUCGGGUCCCGAGAGCAACCAACCUCGAGCAUUUUGCGCCCGUCUCGGACUGCUCCUCACUUUCACGUGUUGCAUAUAAUCAAUCAGGCAGGUGGUAG